AUGGGGACAGUGAAGAAGGGACCGCUCUCAAGCAGCUAUGGAAUAGAAUGUGGGCAUGACGCGACGUCGGCUUCGAUCCUCCUGCGAGACUUUAAUGAGGAUGGCGCUCCACAGGAUGUCCACGACCACGAUGACGUCGAACGCCGCCAGCCAUCCGCACACCCCCAUCCACCAAGUUCGCGCGCCGUAGACAUCGUAGUCGUCGAUAAUUACGCUCACUCUUCAGGUCGUGCUCAUAUCCGUGCUCGUGCUCGAUACCCGCUUCGGCUUCUGCUAUCAUACCAGGCAGCGUGGGAAUGGCUCACCGAGCGCGUACGGAUCCCCAAACGCUUCCUAAUCCCCUCCAUCUCCUUAUUGCUCGUCUACUAUACGGUCCAAUCUCUCUACUUGGAUCCAGAGCAGUGGGAGGUACCCCCAGAGCAGCGCCUCGAUGGCCCCGACGCUGAGCCGGUCGACACGAUCAUUCGCUCUUCCGGAACGAGGUACCGGGGGAAACUCUACGAGCAGUCCUCCGGGGUCAAACAUCCAUACAUAGGGUGGAUUUCGAUCCCUUACGCCCAUCAGCCAACGAGGUUCAGGCAAUCCCACCUAAUCCCGGUCCGAGCGCAGGUUGAUGGGGAGGCCGACGGGGACGGGGAUGCCGUUGUCGAUGCCACUGAAUGGGAUCAAGGCUGUGCGAGGCUGAAGAAUGGUAUGCCCGGCCAGCAAGGCUACGACGGAUCCGAAGAUUGUCUGAGGUUAGGAGUGAAAAGCUUGGAAUGUUCAUGUUGCCGAGGGUGACGCUCAACGACGAUCUUCUCCAGGAUCAACGUCUUCACCCCGGCUCGAAAAAUACCCGGUCGAUUACUUCCAGUGCUGUUCUGGAUUCAUGGAGGUGCGUAAGCGGGAAAGGGAACACAGAGCCGUGCUGGGUGGUAUAGAAGGGUUAACGGGUAGAUUACCCUUCCCAUCUCUCUUGUUAGGAGGCUAUGUCGCGGGGUACGCCGCAGAUCCGCGCUACGACCCCGGCCAGUUGAUGGACUGAGCCCAGUCGAUGCAGAAGCCGGUUGCCAUCGUGUCCAUAAAGUAAGCCGAGCACAAUUCGGGAUUACGAAUCAUACAAACCGGCUUGAAGGCUAACUACUCUUUGCCGCACAGCUACCGCCUCGCCGCCUUAGGGUUCACGGCCACACCGCCCAAGCCGGGAACACCGCCCACUCCACCCCAUAUACCCACGCAGAGGCCUAAAGAAUGCGACCUGAACGUCGGGCUCAAGGAUCAGCUCGUGGCGAUGCAGUGGGUACAGCGCGAAAUUGAGAAAUUUGGCGGAGAUCCGAAAGCUGUGAGUGAGACGGAAAGUGGGUCCCACUGUGUGUCCUGUGCAAGCCCGCCAGGCUCAUUGUCGGGAUCAUCGCUCUUUUCAGGUAACACUUGUUGGCCAUAGUGCUGGAGCGAUGUCGGUUGGAUUGCAUCAGCUCUACUCGCCGCCUGGGCUAUUCAGAGCCGCCUUUAUGAUGUCGGGAGGCCCAUCUUCGUGAGUCAUGCCAAAGGCCAAAGUUUUCGCAUUCCGCAAGUAAAGUUUGACCCCCUCGUUUCGCAUUUUAAUCGAGUAAGAUUUCCUGUUCCCUGGCCGCACGAUGCCGCAGCAAGGGUACUGCACCCCCUCGCAGCACCCUCUUCAUGUCCGCCCCCAGAACAGCACGAGUACGGGCCGCCUUCCAAUGUCAGGCUAACCCAAUGCUUGCGGGAGCUAUCGAUCGAGUAGUUUAUGGACACUACGAGAACACUGAGUGACCCCUAUGGAGUCAACGGUUGGUUCCCUUGGUACCCUGUGAGUUUUGUUGUUGUCUAUAAAGCACGGAUCACUUUGAUAUGAGGACUGACGCCGACGCAAUGACAGGUCCUUGAAGGAGAGUUCGAGGGCUCAUGGAUCGACGUUCGACCGAGCGAGAGGAUCGUCAGAGGUGCCUAUAACCGGGUCCCGAUCAUCAUGGGAAGUGUCAUAGACGAAGGGACAAGGUCAGUUUUCGGAGGCUUUGAUCACGUCUUGAGCGUUUGCUGAACAUAAACUGGGUUGGGCCGACGUAGAUUCGCAAGUCCGGAACUCGAUUCUCAGCAGGCCGUCCAAGAUGCUUUGCAACGUGAGUCAGUAUUGAGAGUUCUCGAGGGUUCCGACUCCGUGUCAUGGAGAAUCUAACCUCCCCCCCACCCCCUGCCCCACGCUCAGAUGCCUUCUCGUUCGCCUUUGGCGGAAUCCAAGACUUGCUCGAUCCCAUCUGGCAAUAUUAUCCCUUCAACAAGCUCAACGAAGGAUCCCCUUACAACACCGGUAACGAGACCUUUGGUCUAUCCCCCGCAUACAAACAAGGCUCGAGUCUUUUAGGCGAUGUGUUCUUCCAGGCGCCGCGACGACAUCUCUUGAGGGAGACGCCGAAGGAUUUUGGUGAAGCGGCUUGGAACUAUGUUUGGAAUGAACCGAGGGAGGGGGCAGACUCGAGACUUGGGGGUGAGUGGGCUUUUAUACUCGUGAAGUCUUACGAUGUUCUUCCCAAUAAUCCAGAGCUGACGGAGACUGCGCCGUUUCCUCUGCCUUACUAGUGCAACACGGAGCGGACCUAUCGGCUUGGUGGGGUCGUCCCAACUCAAGCGAUAGCGAGAUCCACCGUCUGAGUCGUCACAUGACUUCCUAUCUCAUGUGAGUGAAUUGCACCAUCUGUAUGGACUUGCUCUGUGGAUCUGAGCUAAUCCUUGAAGUUGCACGCGAUCGCCUUUGCGCGUGCCACUCGCUCUGCUACCAGCAACUCUGUCAACCACAUGACUCCUAACGGACCAGGUCGUAAGUAGCAAAGACUUCAAAUUUCAGACCCAGGAGCGCAUCUUGGAGUAUCAUCCCUAACUUGCCCGUUCACCCGCUUCUCGCGCAGUCCGAGACUGGCCUCAAUACGACGUCGCUCGGAAUACGCUCCAGUUCGCGCGUCACAACUUAACCCUGGCCCAUGACGAUGACCGAUUGGACGCGAUGCAGUUCCUCAAUAGAAAUAACCCGCUGUUUCAUCGGUGA